AGAACAGAACAUAAUAUAUCAAGAUGGUUGACAGAAUGGGGAAUUCCUCAAUAUCUGCAUUAGUGGCAGAAAUGAUGCUACAUAUUGAUCCAAAUAAGACCUACCUGAAUAUGUCUCCAGAAGAGCAGCAAAUAUUUUUGGAGUCUAUAGAAAUGCAGAUGGAAAGUGAAGUUACAGGACCUGAAACAAUGCUGAUGCAGUAUACGGAAUACCGAGUCCACAAAGUUAUCAGUUUAUAUGUUCCACCAAUACUUCUUAUAAUGGGGACGUUUGGAAACAUAUUCUCGUUUCUUAUUUUAAGGAACAAAACAAUGACGCGACAGUCUACCAAUUCUUUCCUGUCAGCAUUAGCGCUUGCUGAUUCAGUUGUAUUGUUUGUCGGAUUGUUGAGACGUUGGAUUGGUGCAAUAUCAGGAGUGGAUAUACAGACUGAGUCUGAAUGGUUGUGUAAAACAAUUUCAAUGCUCACGUACAGUAGCAGUCAUUUUUCAGUAUGGCUUAUCAUUGCCGUGACAAUAGAAAGAUAUAUAGCGGUAAGUCAACCUCUCCAUGCGUCGAGGUAUUGUAACUUAUCAAGAGCAAAGCGCGUUAUUGCCCUGCUUGCAUUCAUAUUCAUAUUACUUAAUCUACAUUUCCUUUGGACAGUAACAUUAAAGGAUAGAACGUAUGGAAAAAUGGUUUUGAUUGAAUGUCAAGCUGUGCACAAAUUUGUGUUUUUUGUGACAAUAGUAUGGCCAUGGAUAGAUGCAGCUUUAUAUUCCUUAGUGCCUUUUCUUCUCAUAAUAGUUUUUAAUACUUUGAUAAUAAGACAAACGUUAAAGGCUACAAGUUGGCGAGGAGAAGCACAGAAAGGGCCUUUAAUGAAUGUUGAAAAAAGAUCAAAAGACAAAAAUGCUAAACUCACCAUAAUGCUUUUAUCUGUGUCCUUCACAUUCUUGAUUUCAACAUUCCCCAUGUCAAUUGCUAUGGUUCUACAUAAUUACUGGGAGAAAGAUAGACUUAAUCCAUCAACAACUGUUCAACUGGCAGCUCAAAGAAGGUUGAUGCGUACAAUAGCUGAAAUGUUAAUGUUUUUAAAUCAUUCCAUUAACUUUUAUCUUUACUGUGCUUUAGGACAAAAGUUUAGAAAUCAGGUAAUGAAAACAUUAUGUGGAAGGACAACGUCAAAUACUUCAAACGUUUCAGACCACAGUCAACAUAUCUACUGCUCACGGGUAAAUGGAUCUCACAACCACAAAGGAACAUGUAUAGAUGAAACUGUGUUAUAGCUAAUAUUAUGGUCAAUCAAAUUUAACUCAUAACAAAUUUUGUUGAUCAUUUACAAGAGGGAGGAAGCAACAAAACACACAAACUGUCAGUCAUUAAUUGAUACACAAUAUUACGAAAGACCAGUAGGGCCAUUUCAACUUCAUAAAUUCCCGAUUUCAUCUUCAUGAAUUCACAAUUUAAAGUUCGUGCAUUCCCGUUUUCAACAUACGGAAUUCACGAAUUCACAAUUCAGCUUCAUGAAAUCACGACUUCAACUUAACGAAUUCACGAUUUCAACUUCACGAAUUCACGAUUUCAACUUCAUGAAUUCACGAUUUCAACUUCACGAAUUCAACUUCGUAAAUUCACGAUUUCAACU